AUGUACCAAGAAGUAAAAGACAAGUUAAAUGACACGGGCAAAGUGAUUCCAGAUGACGUUGCUCAGCUGGUCUACAUUCGUCAGGUAAUGGAAGAAACGCUGCGCAUGGCAGUGCUUGCGCCAAUCGCAGCCCGUUAUGACGAAGAAAAAGACGUCACACUGGGAGGUUACGUCAUACCGCCUGGGACCCCCAUUAUCCAGGCUUUGGGCGUUGGAUACAGUGACCCAUCAAUCUGGCCAAACCCCGAAAAGUUUGACCCAGAUCGCUUCAGCCCAGAGAAAGUGGCUGAACGUCACCCCUAUUCCUUUCAACCGUUUGGUUUUGCCGGCAAUCGGAAGUGUCCUGCAUACCGUUUUGCUUACGCUGAAGUAACCACUGUGCUGGCCAACAUUCUGCUGAAAUUCCAGGUUCACCAUGUUAAUGGUUUGGGGGUAAAGGCCAUGUAUGGUCUAGUAACUACCCCCGAAGACGAAGUCUGGCUAACGCUUACUUCGAGAUGCGAUGAGAAUAAAGAAGAGUAG